AUGGACGAGUUUGACAUUGAUGAUCUCCCUGUACUCUACCACCCGCUUUUGGGAAGAGUGAAGGAAGGACACGGUUCCACUGUUGUUGGUGUUCUACUUCUUCAUGGCAACCUUAUCGUAAAAAAAAGAUUGUUAUGCGCGUCGCAUAUGUUGGCACCAAUUACCGAGAAAGAACUAGAAACUGCCGUAUUCAAGGCUGGUGGCAUUUGCGAAAGUAAUUUUGGGGAUCUUCAGAAGAUUAGAUGGUCUAGAAGCAGCCGGACUGACAAAGGAGUUCACUCUCUUGCAACAAUCGUAUCCUUUAAAAUGGAAAUCCCGGAAAAUGCAUGGAAUGGAGACCCUUAUGGAUUUGCCCUUGCAAAUUAUGUUAACUCUUAUCUUCCCUGUGAUAUUAAUGUUUUAAGCAUUUUGCCCUCACAAAGGAGCUUUGAUUCCAGGAAGGAAUGUGUUUUGCGGAAGUACUCCUACCUGCUUCCUGCUGAAAUUAUUGGUAUUCAAAACCAUUCCAGCAAUGAUGACAUUGAUGACCACAUAUCAGAGUUCCAUGAUAUUCUUAAUGUAUUUAAGGGGCAACAUCCUUUCCAUAACUAUACGGCUAGGUCCAAGUACAGGAAAAAGUUUCCUAAUAGGCAAUCGUCAACAAAAAGUGGUGCAUCAGCGAGCGAGAGGUUGCCAUCAUAUGAGUCUGAAUAUGAAUCCAGUGAUGGGGAAGAAAAACUUGAAAUUGACGAGGCGUUUACAGAAAACAUAGAUUGGCAAAAGUGUUCACAAACUUAUCAUUUUAGUGAACCUGUUGUUGGCUCUAGCUAUGAGAACGGAAAUAGCUUGCAUGGCCAAGACUCUAGAUUGGUUGCUCGUGCUAGAUGGUUAUAUGAACCUCAUGAAGCAGAUAGAUUAAGUGCUUCCCAUUUCAGAAAAGUUUUUCAGUGUUCCUGUGGAAAGCUGGAAACAUCACAGGGAUAUAAUUACAUAGAGAUAUCCAUACAGGGAGAGUCCUUCAUGUUGCACCAGAUAAGAAAAAUGGUUGGGACAGCAGUGGCAGUAAAACGCAAGGUACUGCCAAAAGAUAUUAUAAAGCUAUCACUGGCAAGGUUCUCCCGAAUUAUACUACCCCUUGCACCUUCAGAAGUUCUAAUAUUAAGGGGAAACAGAUUCUCAAUAAGAACACAACCAGGAAAUGUGACAAGGCCUGAAAUGCAGACUAUAGUUGAAUCAGAAGAAAUUAACAAGGCAGUGGACAACUUUUACACAUCGGUUAUGCUACCUCAAGUUUCAAAAUUUUUGGACCCAUCGAAAUCUCUUUGGGAAGAAUGGAUUGAGAAACUGGAUGCUCACACGAGCAUACCAAAUGAUCAGUUGGAUGAGGUCAGGAAGGCUUGGAGUUUGUCAAAAGAAAAUCUUGAAAGUAGAACUAGCACUCAUCUGUUAUAA